CGUUCGAUAAAACUAACUUCCAAAUAAACAACGACCUCGCGUUCCGGCAUAAAAUUUAAAAUUAAAUGUUCUGUAUAUGUCACUUCUGACCAAGCACACAUUGAAGAUCCAGCAAGAAUUCCGAAGAGAAGGAAACGAGCUUCAGUGAUGGAGUCACCAUUCAAACCAGAUAUACUGAGAGACAAGGUGGCUUUGUUGACCGGUGGUGGGUCAGGAAUUGGAUAUGAGAUUGCUCUUCAAUUGGGUAAACAUGGAGCCUUGAUUGCCAUCAUGGGUCGGCGCAAACACGUUCUUGAUUCUGCUGUUGCUUCUCUUCACAUCCUGGGAAUCCCUGCUAUAGGACUUGUGGGAGAUGUUCGCAGGAGAGAUGAUGCGGUUAAAACUCUAGAAUCAACUGUUAGACAUUUUGGCAGGCUUGACAUUCUUGUAAAUGCUGCAGCUGGGAAUUUCCUAGUUGCACCUGAGGAUUUAUCUCCUAAUGGCUUUCGAACAGUACUGGAUAUAGACUCUGUUGGCACUUUUACAAUGUGUCAUGAGGCCCUUAAGUAUCUUAAGAAGGGGGGCCAAGGGAAGGACCCAGCUACUGGGGGAACAAUAAUAAAUAUAAGCGCAACUUUGCAUUAUACAGCUACUUGGUAUCAAAUCCAUGUAUCUGCUGCCAAGGCAGCAGUCGAUAGCAUUACAAGAAGCUUGGCUUUGGAGUGGGGCACAGAUUAUGAUAUUAGAGUCAAUGGGAUUGCACCAGGGCCUAUUGGAGAUACUGCUGGUUUUAGUAAACUUGCACCUGAUGAGAUUUUGAGAGAAGCUAAAGAGAAGAUGCCUCUUGAUAGAUUGGGGGAGAAAUGGGAUAUAGCUAUGGCUGCUGUGUAUCUCACAUCUGAUGCAGGAAAAUAUGUGAAUGGAACAACGUUGGUCGUCGAUGGAGGGGAUUGGCUUCAUAAACCUCGCCAUCUGCCAAAAGAUGCAGUGAAGCAACUGUCGCGAGCGGUGGAAAAAAGGUCUAGAGAUGCACCAGUUGGGAUUCCAAAGAGCAAGCUGUGAAUAUAUCACUGAUAGUGAAGGUCUAUGAAGUGGUUUACUUGCAUGAGGAUUCAACAUUUUGUUAAAAUUACAUCAGAUUCUGGGUCAAAGAUAAUUGUGUCUGAAUCAAGAGAGUUCAGCAUUUACAAAAUGAAACUGAACUUGGAAAAUAUAAUUUACAGAACUAGUUACUAGCUGUAAACUCAUGCAUUAUCAACUUUAGUUUCUUGCUUGCAUAAUCUCUCCCAGAGUUACCCAACGGAGGAUGGACAUACAAUAGCAGAAAGAAGUUUGAAGGAUCA